CUCCCAGCUUCGGAAAGCAGGUGCCAUUGUACUUUACACGUGUUCGCCUCGACUGCUGCGGUCGGUGGUGGCAAAUCCGAUCCUAAGAUGUGACACUUAUGGCAGUGCCACCGCAUCGAGCAAGGACGCAAAGCACAGACCUCUGCCUGGAUGCUUGCACCUGCUCCCCUUGCUCUUUGAAUUAUUAAUGCAGAGCCUCGGAAAUGUCUGUAAAGGAUUCAGGUCUUCAACAGUCCGUAAGCAUUCAUCGGUGCAGAGCAGAACUUUUCACUUAAACAGACUUUCCUGUAGUAUAAGAGUAGCACCUUCUUCGAUAUGUGGAGUUUGAUCUUCUAAGGAAGGAAGCAGCAGUAGUCUCAUAAAGGUGGGCUAAGUUCUGUUAUUAGCGCUUGAAUCAGAAUUUCUGUAAUUGCACCUUACAGCGCAUAUCACUAGUUGUUCCAAGGGUUGACAGCCGUUAAAGGGACUAAGAGCGGAUUCUCGAGAUAGCCAGAGUGCAAUGGACCAGGUUGAAUCUAGAUCCAACUUGCGUGAGAGGCGUUCGAACGUGGAUUCCACCGAGACAGAGGAAGAAAGUGGUGUGUUGAAAGGUUUAAUUUCUGAUACAAUCAGUAGUAAGGCGGAGCGACUUGGACAGGAGGUCAAGAAAGGAUACGAACUUGUCAAGUUUCAAGCUCUGCCUGAACACUUGAGGGAUAACGAAUUUAUUUAUAAGCACUACCGCGCUAAUUGGCCUCUCAGGGAAGCACUUGGAAGCAUCUUCUCCAUCCACAAUGAGACACUCAACAUUUGGACGCAUUUGCUGGGAUUCUUUCUGUUCAUGGGCCUCACAAUCUACACCGCUAUGAAGAUGCCAAGUGUUGGUGAAAUACCCGGAAUGAUGCAACGAAUGUCUAGCUUUCAAUGGAAUUCCGUGACUUCUGAUGAAUUGACCAAUCUUGUGGCUCCCGAGCCACAAAAGCCGAUCAGCAGAUGGCCGUUUUUCGUGUUUCUGAGUGGAGCUAUGUUCUGCUUGCUGUCGAGCAGUAUCUGCCACCUGCUGUUGUGCCACUCUCAACGCGUGGCUAAUCUCCUCCUGAAACUGGACUAUAUCGGCAUCGCCUACUUGAUUGCAGCUUCAUUUUACCCACCCGUGUACUAUACGUUCAUGUGUAAUCCUACACUUCGGAACACAUAUCUUAUUGGUAUCACAUGUCUUGGAUUGCUGACCGUUGCGGUAUCGUUGCUUCCAAUGUUUCAAACUCACCAGUUUCGACCAUUUCGAGCAAUUUUGUUUGCAAGUAUGGGAAUCUCUGGCAUAGUCCCCUGCAUUCACAAGCUGCUGCUCCAUUGGGGUGAACCAGCUGCUCAGACUACCUUCUAUCUUGAACUAACGAUGGGUGGUUUAUAUGGUUUGGGAGCUGUGAUCUAUGCUACCAGAGUCCCAGAGCGAUGGAAACCUGGUCACUUUGAUAUUGCGGGCCACAGUCAUCAGCUUUUCCACAUCUUGGUGGUGGCUGGGGCUCUGACUCACUAUAGAGCUGGGCUUCUGUAUCUCAAGUGGAGAGAUGCACAGGGUUGCGAGGGGAUGUAAGCCUUUGUCUCCGACAGUGCUGGUGUUAUCGUCAGCAACUCUUUGAUGAAAAUUUUAGAAAUCAUUAGUUCCAAUUGUGGCUCCCUCAUUGGACGGCCUCUUUUGACAUUAACUAUGACCGGAUUCAAACACUUGUCAGCUAUUGACUUUAGCAGUAAAGUUGUACAUACGAAGAUGUCUUAACACGAUAUACGUG